AUUCUGACAGUUGGACAAUACUUUGCAACACUUUCCUCCGUGUUGAUCGUGCAUAAUGUGAGCCAAGAAGCGUCGCCCCUUCAACUGGAAUAUCUCGAUGCAUUGCAGGCUUCUUUACAUAAUCUUAGUCGACCACUGAAGCUGCAGUGGAUCAAUGUGGCCAAGUUACCCGUUGGCCAGGAUAGCCUUGAGUGGCAAAUACUUCGCACUGUCAACGCGAGCGUUACUGAAGGUUUUAUUACGGUCUUGCCAGAGACGCGGCAAUUUCUGCACGCUCGCUAUUUUGCCACACGCAAUGCGAAUGUGCGACUUAAGGAUAAAAUGUAUCUGUUUCUGUGCGAGCAUGAAAAUCCCAAGGAUUUGCUAAGCUCAGAACUAUUGCAAUUCUACCCACACCAUCUGCUGGUGCGGCCACAACAACAACAACCUCAGACAAAUAGAGACGAAGUAGAGGAAUCUAGAGAGGCAGCUUUACCACACCGCGACAUCAAUUUCGAGCUGUGGACACAAAAGUUUGUCGGUGCCAGUGGAAAUUUGGAUGGCAUACUCUUGGACGCAUUCUUGCCGAACGAAACUUUUUCCAACCGAGUCGAACUUUAUCCCAACAAGCUGCUCAAUCUGGAGAGGCGCUCGCUUCGCUUGGGCUCCAUUACUUAUGUGCCAUACACAGUUACUAAUUAUGUGGCAGCUGGCGAAGGCAACGAGGAUCCAAUUAACUCGCAUAAGGCAAAUCGCUCGAUUGCCUUCGACGGAGCCGAGGCGAAUAUUAUGAAGACCUUUUGUAAGGUGCACAAUUGUCACUUGCGUGUCGAGGCCUAUGGCGCUGAUAACUGGGGCAGCAUCUAUGAGAAUGAGAGUGCCGAUGGCAUGUUGGGUGAUAUUUACAAACAGCGCGUCGAAUUGGCCAUUGGUUGCAUUUACAAUUGGUACGAUGGCAUCACAGAAACCUCACAUCCCAUAGCAAGAUCUGCUGUAACUAUUCUAGGACCAGCGCCAGUUCCUUUGCCUGCUUGGUGCACUGAUAUUCUGCCUUUUAAUGGUGCAAGUUGGUUGCUGUUAGUGUCAACAAUCUUUGCCUGCAGCUUGGUUUUGUAUGUGCUGCGAUACUCCAACUAUUUUUUUGGCUACAACAAAGUGCAGCAAGCUUUUAUGCAUGUACAGAAUCUGCAAAAGUCAAUACUGGAUAUAUUUGCCCUCUUCAUACAGCAGCCAUCGGCGCCCUUGACCUUUGAUCGCUUUGCCACACGCUUCUUUUUGGCCACCUUGUUGUGUGCCACAAUCACGUUGGAGAACAUUUACAGUGGGCAACUAAAGUCCUUGCUCACAGUGCCUUUCCAUGGCGAUCCUGUGGACACGAUUGAAAAGUGGUCGCAAACCAAAUGGAAAUGGGCAGCACCCUCGAUUAUUUGGGUGCACACAGUGGAACAAUCCGAUCUGCUCAUUGAUCAAAUACUCGCAAGUAUCUUUGAAGUCAGAGAUUAUAGUUUCAUGUAUAAUGCCAGCUUUCGUCCGAAUUAUGGAUUGGGUGUGGAACGCAUGAGUUCAGGCAGCUUUAACUUUGGCAAUUAUGUUACGUUGGCAGCGCUAGAAGAUCGCACUGUGCUGCGAGAUGAUCUUUAUUUUGAUUGGACGCGAGCUGUUUCUAUACGCGGUUGGACUUUGAUGAAGCAGCUGAAUAAACACAUACGCACCUGUCAGGAGACAGGACUCUACAUGCACUGGGAACUAGAGUUCGUGGCCAAGUAUCUGGACAAAAAAAAUGUGCAGAUGCUGUACAAUCUGGUGAAUGGCUUUGUCUCGAAGAAGGCACCGAAGCCACUCGUUGUGGAUGACAUUUCCGGUGCACUGUUUGUGCUGGCCUUUGGCUUCAGCAUUGCCGGCGUUGCACUCUUCCUCGAGCUGCUAUACGAGUACAACAAGCGAUGGCAGUGCAUGCAACUACAACGACGAGGACGCAACUAAUUUGCGGUUUACAGGUGGAAGCUGGUCACUGAUUGUUUGCCUGGCGGCAUAACACGUGUCGCACGUACAUCAAAUCGCACGCACGCCAACUCUGAUGCCAAUGCCAAAGCCGCACCAUGUUGCAGCAACAGCAGCACAGCAGCAGCAACAGCAGUUGGUGCUGCAAUUUAGCCACGUUUUCACAUCCCUCGGAGCAGGCCAAACAAUUUUGAUAGCCGGCUGCUGCUGUUCCUAUUCCUGCUGCUGCUGCUGCUGGUCUAUUUGGUCGCUAACUGCCUGGCCAAAGAGUUUCGACCACUUCACAGAUAAGUGGACAGCCAGUCAUUUUCAGUGCAGUGCCAUAGGGGAGCCGUAGAGUGGAAGCGGAUGGGGGGACAAGGGGGAGACGAUAGACGGAUGCGGGUGCUCGGCAAAUCCGCAGGCAAGCGUAAUCGGGUUGCUUAUGCUGUUUCAGUGCGCCAGUUUUGCGGAUAUGCAAACUGAAAAUGACUUUUGACUUAGACUUAGCUACCUGGUAAUUGGAAAACCGUUUAGAGAGCCAGACACGCACACACACACAUCGUAUAUGUAUGUAGCUGCCACAUAGCACUAUGGGAAAAAUAUUUCUUGUUGCGGAGAU